UAUAUAUAAGUCUCACGCGUAGAACUUACACAGCACGGAGAGGGUUUCAAGGAAGUCGAAUCGUGUCCAAUAAUAUUGUAUUGAUAUGGGUAUCGUUCAUCUCAUAGCGUUGUUGGUUAUUGCUGGUCAGGCGAAUGUCAUCAGUUGCCAUGGUUACAUGUUUGAUCCCCCUGCACGUUCAAGUAUGUGGCGGCAGAACAUCGCCGGUGCCGUCGUCAACUAUAACGACAACAGUUUGUUUUGCGGAGGGUUUGGGGUACUGUGGAAUGUCAACAACGGCAAGUGCGGUGUUUGCGGGGACCGCUGGGAUAGUUUUCCACGCGACAACGAGGCUGGUGGCAAGUUCGCCAAGGGUAUAAUUGGACGGAAGUACACAACCGGAAGCAGCGUCGCGGUAAAAAUUAACCUAACAGUCAAUCACAGAGGGUACUUCGAGUUCCGGUUGUGUGAAAGCAAUGACGUCACCAGCCCAGCAAGUCGUGAAUGCUUCGAGCAACAUUUAUUAAAGAUGGCGGACGGAAGGACGAGAUAUCACCUUGACGUUGGCACUGGUGAAAAGGUCAUCCAGGUGUCUCUUCCGGCUGGGGUCAGAUGUCAACAGUGCAUAUUGCAGUGGAAAUAUAAUACAGGGAACUUCUGGGGGUGCGAUGCUGCGGGGUGUGGCCUGGGUCGGGGCAGACAGGAACAGUAUUACAACUGCGCCGACAUCGCCAUCAUAUAGUGGCCACCAUGGAUAUAUCAACAUCGUAUAAUUGUCGCCUGGAUAUAUCUACAUCGUAGUGUGACCAUCUUUGAUCUAUUAACAUCGUAGAAUGAGUGAGUGAGUGAGAGUGAGAUUGGUAUAACAGCGCUUUGAUCAGUAUUUCAGUUAUAUUAUGUCAGCUUAAUGUGAGAGGAAGCCUGAAGCGAUGUGGGUCUCAGGCAUUUACCACUUGAAAACAUGACCUGGGGAUAUAUCAACAUCGUAUAGUGAGCAUCUGGGAUAUAUCAACAUCGAAUAGUCAGCAUCUGGGAUAUAUCAACAUCGUAUAGUCAGCAUCUGGGAUAUAUCAACAUCGUAUAGUCAGCAUCAGGGAUAUAUCAACAUCGUAUAGUCAGCAUCUGGGAUAUAGAAACAUCGUAUAGUCAGCAUCUGGGAUAUAUUAACAUCGUAUAGUCAGCAUCUGGGAUAUAUCAACAUUGUAUAGUCAGCAUCUGGGAUAUAUCAACAUCGUAUAGUCAGCAUCAGGGAUAUAUCAACAUCGUAUAGUCAGCAUCAGGGAUAUAUCAACAUCGUAUAGUGAGCACCUGGGAUAUAUCAACAACGUAUAGUCAGCAUCUGGGAUAUAUCAACAUCGAAUAGUCAGCAUCUGGGAUAUAGAAACAUCGUAUAGUCAGCAUCUGGGAUAUAUCAACAUCGUAUAGUCAGCAUCUGGGAUAUAUCAACAUCGUAUAGCGAGCAUCUGGGAUAUAUCAACAUCGUAUAGUCAGCAUCUGGGAUAUAUCAACAUUGUAUAGUCAGCAUCUGGGAUAUAUCAACACCGUAUAGCGAGCAUCUGGGAUAUAUCAACAUCGUAUAGUCAGCAUCUGGGAUAUAUCAACAUCGUAUAGUCAGCAUCUGGGAUAUAUUAACAUCGUAUAGUCAGCAUCUGGGAUAUAUUAACAUCGUAUAGAGAGCAUCUGGGAUAUAUCAACAUCGUAUAGUCAGCAUCUGGGAUAUAUCAACAUCGUUUAGUGAGCAUCUGGGAUAUAUUAACAUCGUAUAGUCAGCAUCUGGGAUAUAUCAACAUCGUAUAGUGAGCAUCUGGGAUAUAUCAACAUCGUAUAGUGACUACCAAGACUAUAUCUGACGUUUCAAUGCCAUGAGUGCGGCACACCGGGAUAGCCAAAAGUUGUAACAGUCACAACCAAUAAAACAAAAAGUGUCUCAUGUA